AUGUGGUGGUUUAUGGCAGUAGUCUGUCUAAUACAAGCCAUUACAAACUCAGAAGAACUCAUCAAGAAAAGAAACAUGAAUCCCGAAACAUUUAUGAAUAUUAGUCAGUUGAUCUGCUAUGAAGGAUAUCCCAGUGAGGAGUAUGAAGUUCUGACAGAGGAUGGCUAUUACUUGAGAAUAAACAGAAUUCCUUAUGGCAGAGGAAAACCUACAGACAAAGGUCCAAAGCCAGCUGUGCUUCUCCAGCAUGGAUUGUUUGGUCAAGGUACCAACUGGAUCGAAAAUUUGGCCAACAACAGUUUGGGCUUCAUGCUAGCAGAUGCUGGCUAUGAUGUUUGGAUAGGAAAUAGCAGAGGAACAACAUGGUCUCAAAGACACCAGAAAUUUUCAGUUGCCCAAGAGGAAUUUUGGGAUUUCAGUUUUCAUGAAAUGGGCAAAUAUGACCUUCAAGCUAUGAUAAACUUUAUUCUGCAGGAAACUGGACAGAAGCAACUGUAUUAUAUUGGCUACUCUCAGGGAGGCAGUAUGGGAUUCAUAGCAUUUUCUUCCAUGCCACAGCUGGCACAGAAAGUCAAAAUGUUUUUUGCCUUGGCUCCUGCUGUCACCGUUGGACACACCAAAAGCCCUAUAGUGAGAAUGUUGUUAAUGCCUGAAGAAGCAUUACAGGAUCUUCUUGGCAAAAAAGAGUUCUGCUGGUGGGGUAAGACUAUGAGGGAGUUCGCUGCCAAAAUAUGCUGCUAUGACUUACCUAAUAGACUUUGUGCCAAUGCAUUUUUCUUUGCGGGUGGAUUCAAUGAGAAAAACAUAAAUAUGAGUCGAAUGGAUGUGUACACAGGCCACUUCCCAGAUGAAACAUCUAUUAAAAACAUACUGCACUGGGCCCAGGCAGUUAAAUCAGGAGAAUUCAAAUAUUUUGACUAUGGCAGUGAGAACCAGGCUAAGUACAACCAGUCUGUCCCUCCCUUCUAUAAGAUAGAAGAUAUGACUGUGCCCACUGCAGUAUGGUCCGGUGGAGAGGACUGGAUGGUAGACCCAAAGGAUAUUGACAUGUUACUCCCUCUCAUUACUAACCUAGUUUACCACAAGAAUAUUUCUGACUGGAACCACUGGGAUUUCACCUGGGGUCUUGAUGCAGCCGAGCGUGUGUACAGUGAAAUUAUUGCGCUGAUGGGAAAGUAUCCAUAA